GGGCCCAUAAAACAGUUUAUUUCGGCCGCCCGCUUUGUCGUCUCCCUCGUCUCCGUCCACCCCCGUCGUUCCUUAGCGUUUGACUCCACGCCUUAGCUCUCGACUCGCGUGCGCCGCUCCUCUUAUCCUUCGCACUCCUCUCCCCUCUACCCCCUUCGGUCUCUCCUCUCUCUUCCCUGUUAUUUCUUUGAUCUUCUAUGCUCACGUGUACUGAGAGACUCCAUUGUUUUUAUUUGCUGAGUUUUCUCUUCUUCUUCGGGGCUUAAACAAGGCGGCAAAAAAGAGAAGCUUGCGGGAUUAGGGUUUGGAUUUUGUUGCUCCGAAGCGUGAUGGUUAGUAAAGGUGGAAACUUUGAGACCGUCUCUGGUUGUUCCUAGGGUUCUUCGUUGUGUUGAUUCUUUGACUUCUUUGUGUGAUGGCUGGAGGUAACGAAAUUAACCUCAAUGAGGCCAAGAUGGUGGUUCCGCUCAAUACAUGGAUUCUUAUUUCCAAUUUCAAGGUGGCCUACAACCUCCUCCGCCGUCCGGACGGUACGUUCAACCGCCACCUGGCGGAGUUCCUCGACCGGAAAGUCCCCGCCAACACAACCCCGGUGGACGGGGUGUUCUCCUUCGAUGUCAUCGUGGACCGGGCGACCAGCCUCCUUAGCAGGAUAUACCGGCCAGCCCCAGCAGACGAAGCUCAGCCAGGCGGCAUCAUGGAGCUGGAAAGGCCACUGAGCACGGAAGUGGUUCCGGUCAUAAUUUUCUUCCACGGAGGCAGCUUUGCACACUCUUCUUCGAACAGUGCCAUCUACGAUACACUCUGUCGUCGCCUUGUGAACAUGUGCAACGCUGUUGUGGUGUCUGUGAAUUAUCGUCGUGCACCAGAAAACCGGUAUCCAUGCGCCUACGAGGAUGGGUGGGCAGCUCUCAAAUGGGUUAACUCCAGGCAGUGGCUUCAGAGCGGGAAGGACUCCAAAGUCCACAUUUACUUAGCAGGAGAUAGUUCUGGAGGUAACAUUGUCCACCAUGUUGCUCUCAAGGCAGUGGAAUCAGACAUCCAAGUAAAGGGAAAUAUACUACUGAAUGCCAUGUUCGGCGGGAAAGAAAGGACGGAGUCGGAGAAGAGAUUGGACGGGAAGUACUUUGUGACCAUUCAGGACAGGGACUGGUAUUGGAGAGCUUUUCUUCCAGAAGGAACUGAUAGAGACCACCCAGCAUGUAACCCAUUUGGUCCCAGUGGCAAAAGCCUCAAGGGAGUCAAGUUCCCGAAGAGCCUGGUUGUGGUGGCAGGUCUCGACCUUGUGCAGGAUUGGCAGUUGGCCUAUGUGGAAGGUCUGAAGAAGGCUGGUCAGGACGUGAAGCUCAUAUAUCUGGAGCAGGCCACCAUCGGCUUCUACUUGUUGCCCAAUAACAACCACUUCUAUACAGUCAUGGAAGAGAUUAAGCACUUCGUGAAUUCUAACUGUUAAUACACUUACUUUACCUAUAGACAGGACAGACAGGCUUGACAUUUUCAUGCGGGGUUAUUUUUAGUUUUCCCUUCUGGCUUUUAUUUUUUUUGUGGGGGUGAUGGUGUGCAGCUUAUGAGAUUGUGUAGUAAUACCGCUUACUGUGAUGAUCAGUUGCAGAGUUGCAGUGGCAACGCCAACGCAAUGAGGUCUCUCUUCCUCUGUCUGAGACAGGUUGGUUGUUCAUAGUUGAUAGAGAGAAAUGGGUUUUGGUAGUGAUUCAAGCACUGAACUACGUGUGACUUUGUUCUAUGAAGCUAUAUAGUAAUUACUCAGGGCAGGAGCCGCCUGAUGAUGACUACUACUGGGUUUGGAAGAUCCACCAAGUUUAAAGCUUACCCCUUCUAACAUUCUGUUGUGACCACGAAGAAGGGGGCGACAGGAGUGUGGGGGUAAUGUUUGGUGGUCACUUUACUGCUAAUGAAUGUUGUUUAUAUAAAGGGUUGGUUUCAUCAAGUGAGGGAAAACCAAAAAAAAAAAUACUUUUGGAAAAACGUCCAUGGUAUGGACUUGUAUGUAUACUUUUGUGUUCUACUAGCAUUAUGGAAAAAAUGCUGUUUGCUUACUUGUAGGUCGUCUCCUGUUUGCUUUGCAAUGGGUACUUGCAUAGUUUUAAUUGUCUUUUCCA